UUACGUAGCUCGGCAGGUCCCACUGACAACGUCCAGGUCAAAGAGAUAAGGGCUCUCCAUGCAUCAAAUGAAAUUCUUGAAUUGAAGAUUACCCAGCUCAAAGCGAACGCAAGCCGUCUGAAGCGUGAAAUUCAACUGCUCGAGCGCCAUUUCAAGAGAUUUGAAACCCCAUUCUUUGAGAGAUGGGAGGCCGACGUCAUCACCCGCCUGAUUGAGGUUGCAUCUAUCCACCAGUCGGAGACUCAGCAUAUCGAAGCGAUCAAGCAAAUGGGGAACCGUGAACUGCUCACCCGGGCCUAUAUCAUGGGCUCGAAGUGCAUCCACGAAAGCACGGUGUAUGAACUUGGACUGACAGAUCAACACUACCAGACCCUGUUAGCCUAUGAGGAUGUUGCAGAAUACCGAAGUGACACGCCCGAGGAAAGUGCGACAUGCUUUGCCAUGUGGCUCGCCGAUGAGAAGGAGCUGCGACCGGCAAAGUACCGGUUCUGGUCUCAGAUCUAUCAUGUCUGCUAUGGUCAAUCGGUGUACGACAUUGCAGACCGUGCUUAG